AUGGAGAUGACAGAAGCCGACAAGCCUCUCCCAGAGGAUCAAUACCCACCGACAUAUUUCGCCCAUCCGGACCACAAAGCGGCUAUCUACGGACAUAUUAUCUUGAUGGUUCUGGGUUGGAUGUUUGUACUGCCCGCAGCUGUUAUGCUAUCCCUUGCUCGCUCAAGAUACACCCUCUAUGCGCAGUUCAGCUUCCUCGCUUUAAACACGGGUGGCAUGCUGUUGGGCAUCGUCUACAACGCCAGUACGCCGGAUCUCUACCCAAAUAAUGCCCACCACAAGAUCGGAUGGAUCGUCACCAUCGCUGCCGUAUCCCAGGUGGCCAUUGGACUUUUGGCACGCGUGGCCGGCAUGAUGAAGAGGGGAGAGCUGGGCAACGUGAGGGAACGCCAGGGUUUCAUCCCCGUGUCGACUGAGGCCAUUCAAGCCCACGAAUCAGGAUUUCCUGGUCCCUACCGUCGGUUUUCCCAUGACAGCGGACAGGGCACAGAGCUCGGCUCGGAAACUCUCCGCAGUCACUCUAUCUCGUCACCUCCAACCUCCCCCACUAUCCCUUCACAUCUCGCUCACAAAGAGUACCAACAUGACGACGGUUUUGAGGACGAAGAUCUCGAGCACAAAGUGCCAUCGUUGAAAAAGACUGGCAAGGCUCUCUCGAUGGUGGCAAAGGUGGCUGGCAAGAUCUCGGAUCGCUUCUGGAAAAUCCUCAUGUUUGCCUAUAACUUUGUUAAUCGGACGAUUCUUCUCCUUAGCUUCAUUGCACUCUGCACAGGGGUUACCACCUACGCCCGAUUCUUUGAGGGCAACGGGAUCUUUAGUGGUCUGGCACAUUGGAUCAAAGGGGGUGUUUUUGUCUGGUUGGGAUGGUGGACGCUCGCUCGUUGGGCUGGCAGUUUUGGCGAUCUUGGAUGGGCUUGGAAUGUCCGUCCGAAAAAGGCGGGCCAGAAAUGGUGUCCUUCUGCCGAAUUCGUCGAAAGUGCCCUCAUCUUCUUUUAUGGAUCGACUAACGUCUUCCUCGAGCAUCUCGGCAAUUGGGGUGGUGAGUGGUCCUCUCAAGAUUUGGAACACGUCUCUAUUACGGUCUUGUUCAUUGGCGGCGGCCUCUGCGGUAUGCUCAUCGAGUCGAUACGCAUUCGCAAUCUCUUGAACUUUCAUGUUGUCGAAACCGCCCAGGAGGAUCACAUAGACAGGGACCAACUCCGCGAGCCAGAGACAUACGCCUUUUCUCUCAACCCCAUACCGGCUCUUGUGAUCAUUCUCACGGGCCUGAUGAUGAGCUCUCACACACAAGAGAGCAUGAUCUCGACCAUGGUCCACAAGCAAUGGGGCGAUCUCAUCACUGCUGCGUCGCUUUCCCGCGGCUUGAGUUAUGUUGUUAUGUACCUCAAGCCGCCCAAGACGAUUUACCCCUCGAGGCCACCAACGGAGUUGUUGACGGCUUUUGGUCUUACCGCUGGCGGUUUCAUGUUCAUGGCUAGUUCCAGUGACACGGUCGACGGCAUGAUCCACUAUCAGCUCAACCCGAUGUUCAUGUACACGGUUAGCAUGGGCUUCGUUGCGUUGAUGAUGGCGUGGGUGAUUUUGCUGGUGGCGUUGAAGGGGUGGGCGGAGAAACGGGAGGCGGCGGGUAGGUUGACUGGGAAGGCGUUUGCGUGA